AAUGAUAAGCAAACAAAAGUAGUGGGGAGGGGCACAGGUCGUCCUGCAAAUAGAGCAAACACGUGAGUGACGCCGGCUCCCGGGAUAGGCCUUACCUUCAAUGUAAAUAGUUUCCCGCACCAAGGGCAGAAGUACUUCGCAUCGUGAUCUGGGUGUACCUUGUGCUUGUGAGUUAUAGCCUUGGAUAUUGUCGGAAACACUUGGGAACACACGUCACAGUUUUAACAAAUAUUAUCAAAAUGCUCAAAAAAAUGGUACCGACGUGUAAUUUUGCUAAACGGAUGUAUUCAACAGCUACUGGAAAAGUGAAAGCACAAAAAUAUGUACUCACGAAGUAUUUUCAAGGGGAACCGAAGAAAUCUGAUUUUAAAAUUGUCGAAGAGGAACUUCCAGAGUUAAAAGAAGGGGAAGUACUGGCAGAGGCUGAAUAUCUAAGCGUUGACCCUUACAUGAGAGCUUAUAUGAUAGGCUAUAAAUUGCCUACUGAUAUGAUUGGCGGACAAGUUGCAAAAAUUAUAUCGAGUCGGAACAAAAACUAUGCUGUUGGGAAAUAUUUAGCUGGAUCUUUUGGGUGGCGUACUCAUACUAUUGUAAAACCUGAUGAUUUUAAUACUCCGGCGGGUUUCAUACCUGUUACACUUCUACCUGAUUUCGGAACACACCCCGUGUCACUGGGCUUAGGCGUUCUCGGAAUGCCCGGAAACACAGCUUACUUCGGUGUAAAAGAGAUAUGUAAACCUAAACCCGGUGAGACGAUUGUAAUUACUGGCGGCGCUGGUGCUGUUGGAUCACAUGUGGGGCAAAUUGGCAAAAUAUUGGGUUGUCGUGUUGUUGGCUUUGCGGGAACCGAUGAAAAGUGUGAAUAUUUGGAAAAGGAACUAGGCUUUGAUCGGGCUUUCAACUACAAAACCGUAGAUAUCAGAGCUGCCCUUAAAGAUGGUUGUCCUAAAAGAGUUGACUGUUACUUUGAUAAUGUCGGUGGUGAAAUCAGUACGACUAUUAUGUCUCACAUGAACAAAUAUGGUAGAGUCGCCGUUUGUGGUUCCAUUUCGUCAUACAAUGAUAUGAAACUACCAAAAGUAACAAUUCUGCAACCUGCUAUCGUUUUCAAGGAAUUGAAAGUAGAAGGAUUUCUUGUAAAUCGGUGGACCGAUCGAUGGAAUGAAGGAAUCAAAGCAAAUUUGAAAUGGCUUAAUGAAGGAAAAUUAAAGUAUCAAGAGAAAGUGUACCACGGUUUUGAUAACAUGGUAGAUGCUCUCGUGGGUAUGCUGAGAGGAGAGAAUACAGGGAAAGCUGUCGUUAAAGUUAAAUAAUUCAUUUUAAUAAAUAAUUGUUAAUCGUUAUUCAAUUUACGAACGUUGUAAAAAGCAAAGUGCCAUUCACUGUUUGUUUAUAAAUAUUAUUUUCUUCGA